AUGCAACCCCCCUGUGAACAUGAAGACACAAGCCUGCUGCUCCAGCCACUGUUGGAGGGACAGAGUUAUGGAGCUGCUGCAGCAGAUGGGACCCAGUGUCCAUCAGUGGCUGUGCCAAGGAACAGCCCAGCAAAGAGGGAUUGCCUGGUAGUUGCCGUGCUGUGCUUUGGGAAUUUGAUAAAUUUCAUUGAUUGGUUCAUUGUGCCAGGGAUCCUGCUGGAUAUACAGAAAUACUUUGGGCUCAGUGAUGGGAAGACAGGUCUACUGCAGACAGUUUUCACCUUGUGUUACAUGCUGGCUGCCCCCAUCUUUGGAUACCUUGGAGAUCGCUACAACAGGAAGAUCAUCCUUGGAGCUGGGAUUUUCUUCUGGUCUGGCGUGACCUUGGGGAGCUCAUUCAUCACUCAGUCACAUUACAGGAUAUUUGUUCUUUCACGAGGACUGGUUGGCAUUGGCUCUGCCAGUUACUCCACUAUAGCACCCACCAUCAUUGCAGACCUGUUUGAGGAAGGAAAAAGGACCACAGUGUUAUCUAUCUUCUACAUCUUCAUUCCAGUGGGCAGUGGCUGUGGUUAUAUGCUGGCAGCUGGCAUGGCAAAAAGCACAGGUGACUGGCACUGGGCAUUCAGGGUAACUCCUUGCAUGGGAGGACUGGCUCUGCUUCUCCUGAUUUUACUGGUCCCUCACAAGAUCCAGAGAAAGACAGCAGCACACAGAGCACUGAGCAUCUCUGGCAUGAUAGGAGGAGCAGAUGAGAAGCCAGAUGUAUACAGAGCUACCAGGACUAGCUGGUGCCAAGAUGUGGCAUCACUUGUGAAGAACUGUAGUUUUGUCUGUUCCUCACUGGGUCUGACUGCCAUGGCCUUUGUCACUGGAGCCCUGGGAAUGUGGAUGCCGCUGUUUCUGUACAGAGCUCAGGUUGUCCAGGGCCUUGUCCCACCAUGCCUCCAGGACUCCUGCAAUUCAUCUAACAGCCUAAUAUUUGGAGGCAUCACCAUUGGGACAGGAAUCUUGGGUAUUAUUGCUGGGGCAGAAGCUGCAAGACAUUUAAGGAAGAUAAACAACAAAGCUGAUCCUCUCAUCUGUGCCACAAGCAUGUUCAUUUCUGCCCUGUGCCUCUACAUAGCUCUGAUGGUGGCCCAGACAAACAUCCUUUCCACUUUUAUUUUUAUUGCAUUUGGAGAACUGUUUUUGUCUGUAAACUGGGCUGUUGUGACAGACAUACUGCUGUACGUGGUGGCACCGAGGCGACAAUCCACAGCCAUUGCCCUGCAGAUUUUGGUGAGCCAUUUGCUGGGAGAUGCAGGCAGCCCAUACCUCAUUGGAGCUAUCUCCAAUGCCAUCCAGACCAGAAACGUGCCCUCGCUGCAGUGGAGUUUCAGGAGCAUGCAGUACAGCUUUGUCACCUGUGCCUUUGUGGGGGCCUUUGGAGGAGGAUUUUUCCUCCUGACAUCUUUCUACGUCGAGGAAGAUCGGAAAGAAGCACAGAGGCUCUGA